AUGCCGGAGUUUCUGGAAGACCCUUCUGUCCUGAUGAAGAAGUUGAAGAGUGAGUUGGUGGCCAACAAUGUGACGCUCCCGGCGGGGGAGCAGCACAAAGACGUGUACGUGCAGCUCUACCUGCAGCACCUCACGGGGCGCAACCGGCAGCCGCUCGCCGUCUGCGCCAACAGCAAGGGGCCCCCAGACUUCUCCAGUGACGAGGAGCGCGAGCCCACCCCAGUCCUUGGCUCCGGGGUCUCUGCCAUGGGCCGCAGCCGAGCGUCCGUCGGCAGGAAAGCCACAAAGAAACCUGAUAAACCCAGACUGGAAGAUAAAGAUGAUUUAGAUGCAACAGAGCUCACUAAUGAAGAUCUUCAGGAUCAGCUUGUGAAAUACGGGGUGAAUCCUGGCCUUAUUGUGGGAACAACCAGGAAGCUAUAUGAGAAAAAGCUGUUGAAACUGAGGGAACAAGGAGCAGAAUCAAGAUCUUCUACUCCUUUGCCAACAAUUUCUUCUUCGGCAGAAAAUACAAGACAGAAUGGAAGUAAUGACUCUGAGAGAUACAGUGACAACGAGGAAGACUCUAAAAUAGAGCUCAAGCUUGAGAAGAGAGAACCACUAAAGGGCAGAGCAAAGACUCCAGUAACACUCAAGCAAAGAAGAGUUGAGCACAAUCAGGUGGAUACUUCAGAACAUUUUCGUAUAGAUGGUGCAAUAAUUUCAGAGAGUACUCCCAUAGCUGAAACUAUAAUGGCUUCAAGCAACGAAACCUUAGUUGUCAGUAGGGUGACUGGAAAUUUCAAGCAUGCAGCUCCCAUUCUGCCAAUCACUGAAUUCUCAGACAUACCCAGAAGAACAGCAAAGAAACCAUUGACAAGAGCUGAAGUGGGAGAAAAGACAGAGGAAAGAAGAAUAGAAAGGGAUAUUCCUAAGGAAAUGUUUCCCUUUGAAGCAUCUACACCAACAGGAAUUAGUGCUAGUUGCCGCAGACCAAUCAAAGGGGCUGCAGGCCGGCCAUUAGAACUCAGUGAUUUCAGGAUGGAGGAAUCUUUUUCAUCUAAAUAUAUUCCUAAGUAUGUUCCCUUGGCAGAUGUCAAGUCAGAAAAAACGAAAAAGGGACGCUCCAUUACCAUGUGGAUAAAAAUUUUGCUAUUUGUUGUUGUGGUCAUUUUUUUUGUUUUUGGUCUACCAAGCUAUGGAAACCAACCAGGUAAAUCCAUUCUCUCCACGUGUUGA